GUGAUGAUCUGUUUCCUGGACCAGGCUGUGCCAGGACCUGGUCCGGCCCACUGGUCAUGGCCCAUUUGCAACUUGCGCUUAUCUGCACUGGGCACGGUGCCCUCCACGCAGUCCCAGUGCAGCGAACUAAAGCCCGGCAGCUCAGUGCUGAACAAUGACUGGAACAGCAAUGUGCUGACUCCUGCCCCGACCCACAGGCCCAGAUGCUUUUCAGCACCAGCAUGUAUAAAUAGGUCCGUUUUCUCCGGGGUCAGGACAUCGUUUUUGUGGAGCCCCCUGUGAGCACUGCACUGCUAUUCUUUGGGGCCGGUCAGGUAAAUCAGCAUUGAGACACACAGUAGCAUGGCUCUGAAUAAUCCCAACCCACUGGGACCAUGGAAGAUCACAGUUUAUGACCAGGAGAACUUCCAGGGGAAGCGUCUGGAGUUUACCUCAGCCUGCCAGAACAUCAUGGAGUGUGGCGUUAACAACAUCCGCUCCCUGAAGGUCGAGUGUGGAGCCUGGGCAGGAUAUGAGCACUCCAGCUUCUGUGGACAGCAGUUUGUGUUGGAGAGAGGAGAGUAUCCUCACUGGGAAUCAUGGAGCGGCAGCAACGCCUACCACAUUGAGAGGAUGAUGUCCUUCCGCCCCAUCUGCUCUGCUAACCACAAGGAGUCCAAGAUGGUGCUGUUCGAGAAGGAGAACUUCAUGGGACGCCAGUGGGAGGUAAACGAUGACUACCCCUCUCUGCAGGCCAUGGGCUGGGGCAACAACGAGAUUGGAUCGAUGCAAGUUCAGAGCGGCUCCUGGGUGUGCUACCAGUUUCCAGGUUACCGUGGUUACCAGUACAUCAUGGAGUGUGAUCGUCAUGGCGGCGAGUACAAACAUUACAGAGAGUGGGGCUCCCAUGCUCAGUCCUUCCAGGUGCAGUCGCUGCGUCGAAUCCAGCAGUGAGACCUGCAGCCUCCUCCUCCCAAAGUCUCACUCUUUACCUCUUCCUCCUGCUCCUCCUCCUCUUCCUCCCUCCUUCACCCAGUCAUUCCAAGCUUCAGCCAGCUUUGUCAGACCUCAGUGAACUGAGGCCGGCACUCUGCUGGUGCUUCACAAUUAAGAUGUUUACCGCACUUUUGUUUUGUUCUGUUGCCAAAAGAAAAAUAAAGAGAAAUGAUGAAAAGAAUUAGAAAAGAAAGAAAAAAACAGUCACUGAACCUGAC